AUGCAGAAAAACAUGUAUAAAAAAGUGUUACCUUUCAUAUUUCUCCUAUCAACCUUUUACUUACAGCCGAGUUUCGCAAAUGAUAUAACAGGCAAUGAUCACCAGGAUAUUACGAUCACCGAUGGAGCAGGUAAUAAUGAUCCACCCGUAGAAAGCCCACUAAAAUCUUUCUUAUUAGCAAUUUCAAUGAUUGUUGUUUCUGAAAUUGGUGACAAAACAUUUCUAAUUGCAGUUUUAAUGGCUAUGCGUAACUCAAGAUGGACCGUUUUUUUUGCAUCUUCAUCUUCUUUGGUUAUUAUGACUGUCCUAUCCGGUAUUUUAGGCCAUUCCAUUACAACACUAAUUUCAGAGAGGCUUGUUACUUUAAUUGGCGCAUUAUCCUUUUUUUUUUUCGGAUAUGCAACAUUAAAGGAAGCUUUACAAAUGUCAAAUAGUACUGGUGUAGAAGAAACUAUGGCCGAAGUAGAAGAAGAAAUUGCUGUUAGAGAUUUGAAUAAGACUUUAAACAGUUCAGAAAAUGGCGGAGAUGUUCAAAAACAUAAAAUCGCUGCUUCAAGUUCUUAUUCCUUUAACAAAUUUACUGAGCAAUUUACAGAUUUCUUAUCGUACAUUUUUUCCCCAGUCUUUUUACAAGUUUUUGUUAUGGUAUUUUUAGGCGAAAUCGGUGACCGUUCUCAAAUUAGUAUUAUUAUCAUGGGAUCUACCAGUAACUAUUGGCUUUGUAUAUUGGGUGCUUGUAUUGGUCAUAUUUUAUGUACUGCUGUAGCUGUUAUUGGUGGAAACCUAUUAGCUUCUAAGGUUAGCAUGAAAACUGUUUCUUUAGCUGGUGCUAUCAUUUUCUUUUUAUUUGGUCUGGUUUACUUGGCCAAUUUCUUUAGAUCGUAA